AUGGCAGCAUUGCCUCUGUCGAUUCUGCUGAAAAUAGCAUCAUUCCUGUUUUGGAGUUUGUUGUACUUGAAAUGCGCAGUGGAAGCACCAGAUAGAGAGCCGGAAUGGUGGUCAAGAGUGGUCACUUUGUUGCACAGCAGCAUCGCUUCCCUCGGCGGCGUCUGGCAGUGCGGAGUCACCGGUCUGACCAAGUGCAGUUUCACGACACCAAUUGGAUAUCGGCACCACAUCCUGAUGCUCUGGUCAUGGGGCUACUUCGCCUUCGACCUGAUGUGGUGCCUGAUCUACUGGCCGGAUCAUAAGCUGAUGUUAGUUCAUCAUAUGAGCGCCCUCGGUGCCGUCACUUGGUAUAUGAAUAAAGAAUACACUGGCUGUACCUUCUCUUGUACCCUCGCCUUGAUGGAGGUUACGAACCCUCUGUUGCAAAUGCGAUGGCUCUUACGAAGCGAAGGUUACGGCACAACGAUUAUGUUCUACAUAUUAGAGGUGGUAUAUCUGGUAUCGUUCGUGGGUCUGCGCGGGGUUCUGGGCACCUACCUGAUAUUCAAGAUCAUGGCAACCGAUAUCUUUGAAAUGGACGCGAAAAUCAUCUCCAUCGUUUUCUACAUCGUUUCAAUCGCAUUAAUUAGCGAAAUAUUUAGCUACGUCAUAUACAAAUACAAGAAUAAACUCGAAGAAUUUCAAGGAGUUAUCUUUGAAUUGGGAAUAAUAUUAAAUGAUCAGGUAUGAUCAUAAUCAUAUUAUAAUUCAAAGGAGAAAACAUAAAUAUCGAGUUUAGUUUUAAAAAAUAUUGUAUUGUGACGUGUGAAACAUAUUUAAAAUAAUACAACCAUGUAAAAAUA